UUCUACGGCUUCAUUUUUAGGAAAAAAAGGAGCAAAUGAUACCAAGACAAGCUCAUAACAGAGAUCUAAACACCAGAUGUGUACGGACAAGAAUACAGUGAGAUGAGUCAGAAAACCACUAAGGAGGGCCCCAGACUCUCCAAGAACCAGAAGUUUUCAGAGCACUUCAGCAUACAUUGCUGCCCACCAUUCACCUUCCUCAACUCCAAGCGUGAGAUCGUGGAUCGGAAAUACAGCAUCUGUAAAAGUGGCUGUUUCUACCAGAAGAAAGAAGAGGACUGGAUCUGCUGUGCCUGCCAGAAGACCAGACGCCGUGCAACAUCCCCUCAGAAGCCCAAGCAACAGCCAGCUGCACCCCCCGCGGUGGUCAGAGCACCAGCCAAGCCACGGUCCCCUCCGAGGUCCGAGCGUCAACCACGCCCCCGCCCAGAGGUCCGGCCACCACCAGCCAAGCAGCGCCCCCCUCAGAAGCCCAAGCAGCCGCCGCGCAGCAGCCCCCAGAGAGGGCCAGGCACCAGCCGUGGGGGGUCCCCCAUCAAAGCUUCUAGGUUCUGAUUGAAAAGGAAGAGCAAGCCCACCCCACGGAAAAAGUGAGGGAGGAGUUUCAAGCGAAUGGACCACCUCAGGACCUGUACUCACUGCUUCUUGACUCACGUGCCCUUGGGCAAGUUAUCCAGCUUCAAACAUGAUGGAGGGGCAGACACCUGCUGAUGUGGCAACUGCCAAUGCCCACAGUUCCUUUGGUGCCGGGGCUGCUGGGCAGCCUGCCUGGAGCCUUGUGAAGAUACCACCCUAUUGUCUUCUGACCUCUGUCACUGCCAAUGAGAAAUAUGUUGUCAGUUUACUUGUUCUUCCAUUGACUCAAGUUUCUUCAAUCUGAAGAUAUAUAUUUUUCUUCAGAGAUGCACACACAAAAAGAUAUGGUUGUAUAACCAUCAUAAUGGCAAAAAUAAAAAAUUAUCAAGUGUUGGCAAAGAUUUGGGGAAAAUUCUGAUAAACCCCUGCUAAAAAUUUAGAAACUAUUAUAACUCUUCUGGGGUGCAAUCUGGAGAGGUUAGCAAAACAGGAUAUUAUAUAACUUAUGAUCAAACAAUUAUAAUUUAGGUACUGAUCCUGGAGAAAACUUGAGUUCAUAGGAAAAAGAGGCGCACAUACAUCUAUUCAGUGAAGAAUUCUUUGCCAUUGGAAAAAAAGAGAAAGAGAAAGAAUUAAUAAAAAAUCCACUAAUAGAAUGAGUAAAUCAACAAUGGUAUAUUCAUAAAUAAAAUCCUUAACAGCAGUUAAAACAAAUAAAUCAUAUAUACCUACACCAGGUAGACAAAUUUGUAAGACAAAUGAGGAAUAUAAAAAGCAAAUAGUAGAUGGUAAAUGCAAUCUGAUGCCCUAUGCAUACAUUUUAAUGACCCACAGUACUAUAAUUGCCCAAUAAGCAGAAACCAUGACAUCUCAAACGCUCUCUAUAAUGGAAUAGAAUUAAAAAAUGACAACAAAAUGAAAGCUUAUCCAAGAAAUAUCUAUCCCCCUGGAAGUCAAAAGGAAGAUUUGAAAUUAUUCCUGGUUUGAAGAAAUAACAAAUUAAAAGCUAUAUAGAAACGAUCAACAAUAUUAGCCAGACACACAUGAGUUUGGAGGGAUAAGUGGGAGACUAAUGAUCAGCCUAGGGUCUCUCCAAGGUUACAAGUCUUAAGAAAACAGAGCACUUGCUCAUUUGGGACCUGGGUUGUGGCUUCAGCAGGUUUUUGACAUGUGGACAAAGGUGUAGAGUUAGAAUACACCAUCCCUCCCAACCUUCCUGUAGUAAUAGGUAGGAAAGCACAGUAGAAGAUAAUGGAAUGUUGUAGAAUGUGGAGGGAUGUAAAAUGGGCAGUGUUAUUAGAGGGAAACUCAGAGUACAGGAGAGCGAGGGCAUCCGAAGCAGUCUUGUGCUGGGGUUUGGGUAGCCAAGCACAGGCAGAUGCCUGAAGCUCCACCAAGUCUGUGGCUCUGUGUCCUUGAGUGAGCACAGCCAGACCCAGCCAAGUUUAAAAGGCAAGUGGGGAUAUGGGGCAAUGCCAGAGGAAGUCUGCUCGAGGUGUAGGGCUGGGGGAAGAGGGAGACCAGAGAGUAGGGAGGAAAAACAUUAGACUCAGGUAAGAUCCAGCUCAGAAGGCCAUUCCUCUGCAAAGCAGAAUCAGGCCAAGUACUCCCAAGGCAGCUGGAAGGAGAAGUCAGAGCAUUUGGCUUCCUCACUUGGGGAGGCCACUUCUCUGGGCAAGUGGCAAUAAAAAGGCAGGGGAAUUGAACUACACAGAGCCCUCAGGUAGAAAUGUUUCUCCUGCCUAAACUCAGGUGCUAAGUGAACAACAAAAUGAGAACCUCUACUAUGAACACUUUUUAACCGUGAGAUAUGUGAGGUCAUUGCAUUGUUGGGAAUGACCCCAGGGGCACCAUGACAGACCACUAGAAAAAACAAAUUAGUGGGCCAGCCCCACUCAGACCCAAUAAGGAAACUUAAAAUUCCUUUAGCCCAUUUCAGAUUUUGGCAAAGCCAGGCCUCAUACUCAGAGCUUCCUUGGCUCUAUCUUCCAUAUCACCCAGAAGGUACAGUUAUUAUAGAGUGCAAAAUUGAGAAGGAAAGAGCAUGGUGUAUAUUGAUUCAUAUAAAAAAUUGGAUAUUACCACAGAAAUGUUAAUAACUAGAAAUUACUGAAUUCUCUGUGUUGUCUGAAAUAAAACCCCUGGGGAUGGAUCAAAAAUAUCUGGAAAUUACUUGAAACUGGUGGAUAACUAAAUGGAUAU